AGCCAGAUAUGUUUCUCAGGAGUCAGUCUUCAGUCAGAUCGAGGCAAGCCUGAGGAUCAUCCUGUCUCCACAUGUCCCAGCCAGAAUGAGAAGAGGCCUGCGGAUCAUCCUGUCUCGACAUGUCCCAGUCAUGGGAAUGCUCGGGCUGUGAACAGAGAUGGAGACCGGGAUAGAGUCAGCCCCACUGGAGUGAGGGACAUCCUGCCUGCCAAUCCCCUAAACAGAUCUGCCACAGGGGAAAAAGAAACAUUCAGGGAGUUUGCAGGGGAGCAGCUGAAAACACACGAUAUCUCGGAGGCAAAACAGCUGCAGAACAGCAGUAGGAUGAUGACGGAGAGACAGUUCUUAUUGUCAGAGGAUGAGGGCAUUUCCAGGAUGGACAGAAACAACAUGAAGGACACUGACCAACAGGAGGUCCAGACGAAGGCUUCCGUCAGCCAACAAGCGCCCAGCAGGAAGUUAACCUCUGGCAUCCAGAGGCCCUCCUCUGCCCCAUCUAUGGUCGUAAAAGACGAAGGAACACAGCUGGAAACCUUCCAGUCUCUGACCUUUCAGCCGGAGCGUUGCCAGAAGAUUGAGACGUUACAGGACUUUUGCUCUGGUCCAUAUAAUCCUCAGUCACCCCAGGAAAGCCAGAGAAACAUCCAAACAGAUAUCCAAGCUCAGGCAGAGGUCUUUUCCAUGGUCCACAGCCAAGGGCAAACUGACUUCAACACUCCUCUCCUGCACCAGCCUGGAACGCCACCAUUCCAAGUAAAAGGGAUCACAGAGAUUCCAGACAAAAGAGAAAGAGAAGGGAAAGAUUGCCAGUUACAAAGAUGGAACACGUCCAGAAAGAAACCUCAUUUGGAAGGAAAAGAGAAAAGUAAUAACCCUCAGUCAACACAGACAGAAAACAGAUUUGAUCAAUUACUCUCUCAGGCAAAAGCCUCUAUUGAGAAAAGAGGGAGGCACCAAGAAACAGAGAACAAGCCUGAAACUGCUGGAGAAAUAAUUGACAAAGAAAAGGUGAAAGGUCAGUUUGAAUUCAUGGUACCUCAUGGAAAAAGGAAUGGUGCCACCUCAGAGGAUCGAUGGGAACAAUCCCUGCAGCAGAACAACACACAUGUCUGGACACCCAAACAUCCCAGCACUGCGUAUGAAUCACAUUUAGUGCAACAUUUCAACAUCUUCCCCCUUUUGAGGGACAACAGAGUUUCCCCUCGGGCCUGGGGAAAUCAGGAAGUUAUUGUUAGUUUUGAGACCAUGAACGACCACAUGGAGAGACUCUCAAGCUUGAACGUGGAAACUCUAUCCACAAGCUGUGAUGAAACACAAACACGCUUGCUUCUCUGCCAGUGCAUCAAUUCAAAACCAGGAAGCAACACUGGCUCAAAUUGGGUCAAAGGUGGAAAACAGGCUACAACAACAGCAGCAGCAGCAGCAGCAUUCUGUCUUGGUGCGCCAAACCAUACAAGUCAAGCCCCAACACCUCUGAAACACAGUACGUUUCCCAUGCAUUCCACAAUAAGAAGCACCAGUGGUUGUGCUAGUAGCAGCGAGGAGGAUAACCCGCCCUCCCAGUGUCACCAGUUUCCCAAGCUCCCGUCCCCUCCUCCCCGCCUCGGCCUCCAGGAGUCCCAUUUGAACCAAUCAGAAGAUGGGUCUCCCAGUCAGUCUGAGGAGGGAUGGAUGUUCCCCCGAAUCCAGUCACUGAAACAGGACCAGAGUCUUCAACAUCAGCAACAUUCCUCUCCCUUCUGCUCCAACACAGAUGAUAGAACUCAUGAUGGGGCUCAGAAACUAUGGAAAGCUGAUAAUCAGUGUGACUCAAAAAUGACACAGACGUCACAGGGAUUUCCCAGAGAAAUAGCGGAUGAGAAAGAUGAGCUCCAGAGUGGCUGUGAAGGAGAUAACUUCCUCUCGGACAGAGAAGGCAGGCAGGCCGGGAGAAAUCUGCACAACCUGCGAUCCAGGGAAGUCCAGGUCCUCAGGCAGCAAAUGGAGGCUCUUCAGCAGCAGUUUAAGCAGAGAGAGGGUGAUUGGUUGUUAGUUCGAUGCCAGGUGGACGAGCUGAUCAGAGAAAACGCCAAGCUGAAGAAGAAACUCACAGUUGCACCACAGCGCGAUCCAGUGGCCGCCAGAUGCAGCACCCUCUCUCGAACAGCUGCGACCUGGUGACUUCCACUAACAAGACAGGGAAAGUGACUUCUGCAGACAAGAAAACAAAAACAGUAACAUUCUUCAAUGGAGACGUCAAACACAUUUUGCCAGAUGGGAAAGUGGUGUAUCACUAUGCAGGUUUACAGAUAACAUGUACCACCUACCCAAGUGGUCUGGAGGUCCUUCACUUCCCAAACAAGCAGAUUGAGAAGCGACACCAUGGGGGAAAGAGAGAGAUUGUAUUUCCGGACCAAACCAUCAAGUAUUUGGAGCCUGAUGGCAGUGAGAGGACAAUUUUCCCUGAUGGCACCAUCGUUCACCUCUCACCGUCAGGAGAGAAGAUGGUGUAUUUCACCAACGGUCAUAGAGAGAUCCACACAUCCCAGUAUAAGAGGAGAGAGGAUCCUGAUGGGACGGUUAAGACCAUUUACACCAACGGACGACAGGAGACCAAGUACGCAUCAGGCAGAG